AAUUUUUGUUCUUGAAUUCGGUAUUCCCUUUGUCUUCGGAUGUCAGUUGUUUUUUGUAAAAAGGAGAUUUUGUAAAAGGAAACCAAUUCGCAUCAACGAUAAUGACUCUGUUCCAAAAUUAUAACAUAUCUAUUAUGCACGCCAUACAACUGUCUCUAUCGGUAACAUGUUUGAUAAUGCACUUUGUGACGGAGAAAUGGGGCUACGAAUAUCGAUUCGAUCCACUGUUCAGUUUAACGUUCAUUGGUUGUACCGUCGCAUUGUUGGCAAUUAUUGCACUUAGCACUAUGCGCUUCGCCGAAACAUGGGAUCGAGACCAUAUCAAUUUGCAUUAUUUAAGCCGUACCGAGAUCAUUUUCCAGUUCAUUGCAUUCGUUAUGUAUUCCAGCUGUGGCAUAGUGAAUUUGGUCUAUGAUUACAGACCGGAAUUGUUGGUCAAAGGUACGCUGUCGAUGAUCAAUGGAAUUUGCUUCCUGUUGGACGUUUUGGUGUGCAAUCCGUGUCAGUAUCGAUGGGGCCAAGAACUUGCUGCCGAUUAUGAGCAAAGGUUGAGCGAACGUAGAGCCUUUUAUAACUUGGCAUCAUAUUACCAUGUGCCGUCAUACCUAAAUCAAUAAAUUCAUGGAACCCAAAGUGUAUGAUUACGAGAAAAUGUUGUAAUUGUUGAGGAAGUUAUUGAGGGAAAUUUAGCAUCCUUUAAAGAAAAUCUAGAAAAAAUCAUCGUUAGAGUGUUCUGAGCUGUGGGAACUCACCGAUAAUGUACCAAUUAAGUGAAUAUUUAUUGUAUAUAAAAUAUAGAGGAUCAUCAACUGUUCGUAACGUAACCGCAUGUGCAAUUUAUUUUUUAUUAAAUGUUUUUAUUCAAAUCAAAUUACAUCGCGCUUCUUAACAACAACAA